GGGGCACGCAAGUGCAAACUCCCUGCCGGGGGUGUCCGCCGCUUCCAGGACUCCAAGGAUAAGUCCUCGACUACGAAUCUAAGGCACCACGCCAAUGGCUGCUGGGGCAAAGAGGCAGUCGAUCAUGCAUUCAGUGGUGGAAAGGUAGUACAGGCCACGAGUGGAUCAGUUUUCUCGGCUUUUGCUCGAAAAGGACAACAACCUGUCCAUCAUACAUAUCGAAUGCACACGAGCAAUGAAAAUAAUCGACCUGUGAAUAUAAUCAACGAUUGUGCACUUCGUGAUCUCCUGCUUUCUGGACGCCCUAAUAUCGAACUGCCAUCACAUUUUACAAUCUCUCGUGAUAUUCGGGCGUCAUUUGAAAAGUGCCAAGAACGCAUUGGUACGCUCUUGCAG